UACCUGUUCCUCGAUAAAGCCGCGCGCUGUCUUCCCGGCUUCUGUAAUGGCGCUCGGCAUGACAGCCGGGUGCCCAGUGCGCAUGAGCAAGAAGCACUUGCGCUUUGUGAUUGGUCCCUGACGGCUUCUGGGAUCUGUCAUGUGUCCCAGGUACCGCCUUACCAUUCACAAAAAGCACCGCUUCUUGCGCACAAACUUGGCACCGCUUCAUUGCGCAUACAGAAGCAGGAACAGAGCUGAGCAGCCGGCCC